UCCAACAGGCUUGGGCGGGUCAGGAUACCUGCGCGGGACCAAGCGGGAAUCGCCGCGCGGCGGCUGGGGAGGCGCGGGGCGGCGGCCGACAUGUUCCAGGGCAGGGACGACCAGACUGGCGGGUCGGGCUCCAGAUCCAUGAAGCCCCCAGGAGGAGAAGCGACCGAUCUUUUUGGAAGUCCGGAAGAGGGUGUUCCUUCAAGCAAGCCUAAUAGGAUGGCAUCUAAUAUUUUUGGACCAACGGAAGAACCUAAAAACAUACCCAAGAGGACAAAUCCUCCAGGGGGCAAAGGAAGUGGCAUCUUUGAUGAAUCAACUCCUGUGCAUACUCGACAGCGUCUGAACCCACCUGGUGGGAAGACCAGUGACAUAUUUGGGUCCCCAGUCACUGCCACUGCGCCCCUGGCACACCCAAACAAGCCCAAGGAUCAUGUUUUGCUGCGUGAAGGUGAAGACUCCAAAUCUGACCUGAAAUCUGCAACAAACUCCAUACCCAGAGGAGAGCAAGGCGAGAAAGGAAGCUCAAAAGAAGCAGAGCAUGCCAACAUACCAGAGCCCUCACCUACAGUUGACAGUCAUGAGCCCAGACUGGGGCCACGUCCUCGUUCCCACAACAAAGUCCUGAACCCACCAGGAGGCAAAUCCAGCAUCUCCUUCUAUUGAGAGGCUCCUGCUCUGCCUGUAACUAGACAGACACUCAGAGAUGGGGUAUUGAAUGUUAGUGUUUCCUUUAACCCAAGUGAGUCGGAGUGGGAGAGGGUCUGUCACACAGAUGGGGUUGGCUGCUCAUAGGCCUUGUUGUCAUUGGAAGCGCUUCACAGAGGACUGUGUCUUCCGGACUGCCAAGAUACACGUGUGGGAAUAAAAUGGGAUGUUCUGGUGCCAUCUCUCUAGUUGCUGUCUGUGAACCAGCUCUGUAAGGUUGUGGGGAGCAGAAGAGAUGGCACCCAGUAGCAGAGGGAUCAUUAGGGUCUUUCCUGUCCUUGUAUCCACAGCCUCUUGGGUAUCUAAGAAUGAUUUAGUUGUAAAAGAACUCAGACUACCUAUUCCUUGCUGUGGGAUGAAGGAGACACACAUAAACAGCCUUUCCUUUCAGGAAACGCCUAUCAGUAAAUGCUUCCACCUCUGAGAUUACCUCUGAACCCUGAUGUCUCCUUUUCCU